AUGCCAGACUCACCUGUCCUCAAACCACUCACCUCCUCCCUCUCCCUCUCCACUGCUUCCACCCAAACUUCUUCCCAGACCCGACUCAACCAGAUCUCCUCGCACAUCGAACCAAUGGCUGCUACCGCUUUCGACGCGAAUGUCGUCCCCCAGGCGCCCGAAGACCCGCUGUUCGGGCUGAUGGCUGCCUUCCGCCGCGACGAGGACCCCAACAAGGUCGACCUGGGCAUUGGAGCCUACCGAGACGACAACGCAAAGCCCUGGAUCCUGCCCGUCGUCAAGAAGGCCGAUGACAGACUCCGCGACGACCCCAGCCUCAACCACGAGUACCUCCCCAUCGCCGGUCUCGCAGAGUUCACAACCGCCUCCCAGAAGCUAGUCCUCGGCGGUGACAGCCCCGCCAUCAAGGAGAAGCGGGUCGCCAGCUUGCAAACCAUCUCCGGUACCGGUGCCGUCCACCUGGGCGCCCUCUUCCUCGCCAAGUUCUACAAGACCAAGAGCCAGCGAACCGCCUACUUCUCAGACCCCACAUGGGCGAACCACUUCCAGAUCUUCUCCAAUGUCGGCCUCGAACACAAGACAUACCCCUACUUCUCCAAGAAGACAAAGGGCCUCGACUUUGAUGGCAUGAUCAGUGCUCUGCAGGAUGCCGCCGAGGGCAGCAUCAUCGUACUGCACGCGUGCGCCCACAACCCCACCGGUGUCGACGCUACGCAGGAGCAGUGGAAGAAGAUUGCCGACGUGAUCAAGUCGAAGAAGCACUUCCCCUUCUUCGACACAGCAUACCAGGGCUUUGCUUCCGGCGACCUCGCAACCGACGGCUGGGCAAUCCGAUACUUUGUCGAGCAAGGCUUCGAGCUCUGCAUUGCGCAGUCAUAUGCGAAGAAUUUCGGCCUGUACGGCGAGCGAGCAGGCUGCUUCCACUUCGUCACCUCUCCUUCCUCCGAUGCUGAGAACACCAUCAAGCGCAUCGCCUCACAGCUCGCCAUCCUCCAGCGCUCCGAGAUCUCAAAUCCUCCCGCCUACGGCGCCCGUAUCGCCUCGACCGUCCUCAACGACCCUCAGCUCUUUGCUGAGUGGGAAGACAACCUCCGUACAAUGUCCGGCCGUAUAAAGGAGAUGCGCAAGGCGCUUCGCAGCAAGCUCGAGGACAUGGGCACACCAGGUACAUGGAACCACAUUACAGAGCAGAUCGGCAUGUUCAGCUUCACCGGCUUAACAGAGCAGCAAGUGCUGAAGAUCCGGGAAGACUCGCAUGUUUACAUGACUAAAAACGGUCGCAUCUCCAUGGCUGGUCUGAACACGCACAACAUUGACUACUUUGCCAAGGCUGUUGACAAGGUCGUGCGGGAGACGCAGUAG